AUGGCGUGUCCGCCAUUGAACCACAACAGCAGGGUGGCCUGUGGUCUGACGAAGGUGAUAAAUGGAACCUCAAUUACGGCCACGGGGUGCAGUGACAGCACCGAAUAUGUGAACUGGGACGCAAUCCACUAUACGGAGGCGGCGAACCAGUAUGUCGCCUCCCAAAUUCUCACCGGAAAAUUCUCCGAUCUACCGUUCGCCGACAAGAUGCCUUUCCUGCUCAACCUCAAGUUCUAG